AUGGUAGUAGCCCCGCUCAUUGCUACUGUAGCAUUUGCAGCUGCUUUUACUGUACCAGGAGGUAAUAUAAGUGAUAUUAAUAGCGUUAAGAAUGGUGUCCCAGUCUACUUGGGAAGUGCUUCAUUUCUAGCCUUUGCAGUGGCAGAUGCCUUAGCUCUUUUCUCAUCUGUCACGUCAGUAUUAAUGUUCUUGGCCAUAUAUACUUCUCGAUACGCAGAAGUUGACUUUCUAAGAUCAUUGCCACAGAAAUUGUUAGUGGGGCUUGUCAGUCUCUUCGUAUCAAUGGCCACCAUAUUGAUAGAUUUUGGUGCGUCAUUAUAUAUCGUGCUUGGAAAUAGUCUCCCAUGGGCACCAAUUCCUAUAUCUUUGCUCAGUUGUGUUCCUUUUAGCUUGUUUACGCUGUUGCAGUUACCAUUAUUUUCUGAAAUGAUACGUUCCACGUAUUGGGGUAUUCCGCUUCAGAAACAUAAAUAUAUCUUCAGCAAACAAGUAAAUAUACGACGAAAGGGAACUGAAUUUAGGAGAAAAAGAUUAAGUUAA